CAAGGUGAAGCCCGGCUGUCGGAGUGAGAGAGUGCAAUCGAGUGGGAAGACGAGAAACCGCCAAUGUUUCAGCUGCCUGUCUUGAAUUUCAGCCCCCAGCAGGUAGCAGGGGUCUGUGAGACUUUGGAGGAAAGCGGAGACAUAGAGCGUCUCGGACGCUUCCUCUGGUCGCUGGCCGUGGCUCCCGCAGCCUGCGAGGUUCUCAGCAACAAUGAGUCCGUUUUAAGAGCGCGGGCCAUCGUGGCCUUUCACACCGGCAAUUUCCGAGAGCUCUACCACAUCCUGGAAAACCACAAGUUCACCAAGGAAUCCCACUCUAAACUGCAGGCUCUUUGGCUGGAGUCGCACUACCAGGAGGCUGAGAAGCUGAGGGGCCGCCCGCUCGGACCAGUGGAUAAAUAUCGGGUACGGAAGAAAUUCCCCCUCCCCAAAACGAUUUGGGACGGAGAGCAAAAGACGCACUGCUUCAAGGAGAGAACACGGCAUCUGCUCCGAGAGUGGUACCUUCAGGACCCCUACCCGAAUCCCAGCAAAAAGAGGGAGCUGGCGCAUGCCACCGGCCUCACCCCCACACAGGUGGGAAACUGGUUCAAAAACCGCAGACAAAGGGACAGAGCAGCAGCCGCGAAAAACAGGUUACAGCUUGAGGUCCUUUCCCACGGUACAAUACGAUCCUUAACAGAGCAGGAUGGCUCAACAGACCGGUUCCGCGCCGCUUCCAGUCCAAAAGCCAAGCUGUCCAGUAAAGCCGAUACCUCCGCAAUAUCCAUCACCUCUAGUGACAGUGAAUGUGACGCAUAACGGAGAAGAUAACUACUUGACUGAGUCAGGCUAAAAAUUUCUCUAUUACAGUAUUGUAAUAUCAACCGACAUGCGUACCGGCCUCACAAAAACAGCAUCGUAUGCCUUAAAAAACCAAGAGAAGGUUUAUUUAGAGGUUUAGAGGUAGGAUUAGGCUUCCUCUUGUCUGAAAGCGACAUGCAUUUGCUGCAAUGGGGGACAUGUAUAUUUUUAACCAAUAAAAAGGAAUACAUUGACUUGGUACAUAAAUAGGUGUAUUCCAUUUGUAAA